UUAUAUAUACACCCACACCGCUUAUAUAUACACCCACACCGCUUAUAUAUACACUCAUAAUAUUGGUAUUGUACGUUGAUUGGUAAAAUGAAGGAAAACGUAGGCAACCCUCUCCGUCUCACGUCACUGAACCAUGUGUCUCUCUUGUGCCGAUCCCUUGAAGAGUCGAUGAAUUUUUACCAGAGGGUGUUAGGGUUCUUCCCGGUUCGAAGACCUGAAUCCUUAGAUUUUGAAGGCGCUUGGUUGUUUGGACAUGGAAUUGGAGUACACCUUUUGCGUUCCACAGAACUUGAAAAGCUUCCCAAGAAAACUGCGAUCAACUCCAAAGAUAACCAUAUCUCGUUUCAGUGCGAGAGUAUGGAAGCAGUGGAGAAGCAGCUGGAUGAAAUGGAGAUAGAGUAUGUCAGGGAGAUAGUAGAAGAAGGAGGUAUCAAAGUGGACCAGCUCUUUUUCCACGAUCCUGAUGGCUUCAUGAUCGAGAUCUGCAAUUGUGAUAGCCUCCCUCUUGUCCCCCUCGUAGGAGGAAUGGCUCAGUACUGCUCAAGAGUUAAACUUCAUCAGAUGGUGCAACCACAACCGCAGACUCAUAUCCACCCUUAACUAUCUCCGUUAUAGCUGUGUGUGUUCUGUGUGCGUAUAUAUUUACUUUGGGUGUGUUUGAUCUUGGGUGUAAUGAAUAAGAGACCGACGUGAAUGUGAUUCCCCUUGAGGAAAGAUAAUUCUCCUUUCUUUUCUUAUUAUAUGAAAUAAGGGAAUUAAUGAUUGCUUAUAUUGUUUUAGUUGGUUCCUAACAGGUCCCAUAACGCCUAUGUGCAAUAUAUGUAUCCGAUUCUAAAGUGAUUUUUCUGUGUGUGAUUGUGACGAAUCUACUUAAAUAAAGUAAUAAACACAUGCCCGUAAGGCAAUACGUA